AUGGCCGGCGACUCGCUGGCGGGGGACCUCGGAGAGGUCCCCCCCAAAGAUGUCGCAGUCAUCGCAAAAGCCGCUUCUGAAGAAGCCACAAAGUGGCUCAAGCGCAACAACGUCGAGGCGGGCGCCGGCACGCUCGCCUAUGCCGGCACCCUCCUCAAGCUCUUCCGCGACCUGCUCGACGCGCCGGCGCAGGCCGCGCUUGUGGAAUUCGCGGAGAGCGCUCUCGCGCGUGGCCGCGCCGGCCUUCUCGCCGGAAAGUCGUACCAGCGGCCUCCCGCCGAGUGGGCAGCACGCGGACAGGGGCGCGAGACGGUCCACUUUGGCUGCCUCGUCAAGUGCAACAAACUGCUCGGAGCGCCGGUCGAGCCGCUCCCUCCAAUCCUCGAGGACCUCUUCUCAGCGCUGGAGGCGGCGGGGGUCUUCGGUGCGGCGCAGCGGCCCGACUCGGUCUGCGUCAACGUGUACGAGGAGGGCGCUUGGCUUCCGCCCCACGUCGACAGCGAUGCCUUCGCGCGGCCGUUUUGCACCGUCUCGCUCCUGUCGGACCACUGCGUCGGUUUUGGGACACGCGUGCCGCCGCAGGAGGGAGGCGAGCCCGUGUACACCGAGGCCUGCCGGCUCGAGUUGGCCAGCGGUUCGGCGGCGCUCGAGCGGAUGGCGCGGCGGCGGGCGGCAAAGGCGCUGCGGAGGGGGAGGCGCCAGGAGGGGGAGGGAGCGGAGGGGGGCGCGGAGGGGGGGGAGGGGGAGGAGGGGGACGACGCGGCGGAGACCCUCCGGGAUGGUUGA